AUGAUUAGCCGUACUUGUGGUCUUUUUGUCUGCAGUUCGUGUUCUCCUGUUCGACUGUUGGUGCCUCCUGGGAAACAAAUUGAGGGCGCUAAGAAAUACGAUCCGUCGAUCCCGCAACGUGUGUGCAUUCAGUGUGCGCCGGAGCUGCACCCGCUUCAAGACGAAUUGGUGGCCACGUAUUCACAGUCACAGGCUGAUAAUACCCACGAGGCGCGCGGUCGUUUGCACAUUCCGUUCUCGAGUUCGCUGAAUAAAGAGUGCUGCAACGCGGCCGAUAUUAUCGGCAAUUUCUUCCGGAAUGACUGGGGUGCGUCUGCAGAUCGAGCUGUUCCCGUGGCAUUUUUGCAGAAAGCGCAUGGACUCGCUAUCAUGACUGUGAUUAAGGCCGGGUUCCUUGUCUCGGGUAAGAUUGGCACGGGUCUCGUGGUCGCUAAGUUGCCGGAUGGCUCAUGGUCAGCUCCGUCGGCUAUUGGAACGUUCGGACUUAGCGGAGGAUUUGAACUGGGCGGUGAAAUCGUGGAAGUGAUGAUCAUUCUCGGGUCGGAAGGAGCUGUCAAGGUUUUCCAUAAGCCACAGGUAAAUCUCGGAGCUGGACUGGAUGUUACUGUGGGUCCGUAUGGACGAUCAGCCCAAGCAGCAGCAGCCGCCAGGAGCUAUCCUGGCUGCGCGUUCGGACUUGAAUCGUAA